CAUCUAUUUCUGAACUCAUAGUAUUUGUUCUUCAUGUCACAAUCAACGUCAGAUUCAGAAGAAGGUUUUGCUGCCGACUUAUUUGGCAGUGAUGAAGAGAGUAUACCUGAAGUAGAGCCUACGUUCGAAAUCUACUCAAGAGAUUCAGUAUCUGAAAAUGACGCUCAUAAAAAAAUUACCAUAAAGUUAGUGGGAUCGCAUCCCUUAUGGGCUCACCAUUUGUGGAACGCUUCUAAAGUCUUUGCUUCUCUGUUUGACAAGUUUCCUCAGUUGGUACAAAACAAAACUGUUUUGGAGUUGGGAGCAGGCGGUGCUCUACCCAGUAUUGUCGCUACUCUGAAUGGCGCUAAAAAAGUUGUAGUUACAGAUUAUCCUGAUAAGGAGUUAAUUGAUAACAUUCAAUACAAUGUCGAUAAAAACUUGGAAGGGUUUGACAAUAUCAUAGUGGAAGGAUAUGUAUGGGGAACCAAUACUGAGAAAUUAGUAAACCAGUUAUUGCCAGCCUCGUUUGAAGCAACCCAACAACAACAACAACAACAACAACAACAACAGCCUUUGACCUACGACGUUAUCAUUUUAAGUGACCUUGUUUUUAAUCACUCUCAGCAUCAUGCUAUGCUUAAAACUUGCCGUCAGUUACUCACACCCAAAACUGGACGCGUUUAUGUAUUUUAUACGCAUCAUCGACCCCAUUUAGCUGAUAGAGAUCUUCAGUUUUUCGAAAUAGCGAAAAGACCCGUUAUGCCCGACAUAGAAGAAGAGGAUAAAGAACGACUAGGAUAUGGCUUUAAAGUGGAUUAUUUUUGGAUAGAGAAGAUGAAUGUUAUGUUUGAAGAAGAUCCAGGAGAUGAAGAAGUAAGAGCUACAGUUCAUGGAUGGCAAUUAUGGUUGGAAGAUUUAUAGAAGCUAUACUAUUAAUGAGAGGUUUAAAAAAAUAUCAACAGCGAUCUCUACGAAUAAAUGUUUCAUUUGAAAGUGCAUGGAAAUUUUCAAUAUUUAUAAAUGUCUAACAGAAC